AUGCGUCGCCUCCCCGGCCAAGCGGGGCUCCUUCUCGGCGUGGGGCUGCUGGCGGCGCUGCUGGCCGCAGCGCGGGGCCUCCCCCUGAGGAAGCCGCGGGGGCCCGGGCCCGGGCCCAGGAGCCACGCGAGGCUGGCGGAGGCCUCAGCCUCCCCAGAUCCCAGCUCUCCCAGGGAGGAGGAACAGUCACUACAGCUGCCCAGAGCCCACCUGCAGGCAGGGCCACGCCGACACAGGCGCCGGACUCUCACGGAGCCAGCAGCCCUGACACUGCGCAGGGCCACCCCACCCGGGACCCUGGAGGACACACCCUCAUUGCUGGAGCUGCAGAAGCUGCCAAGAUUGGCCAACACAGACUUGAGUGCCCCAAACCCCAAUAUCCAGGUGACCAUCGAGGUGGUGGAGGACCCCCAGGCUGAGGUGGAGAUGGACCUGCUGGCUGAGCCCAGCAAUCGCUGGCCUCAGAGUUCUCCUAGAUGGUUACCCAGCAAGGAACUCUUUUGGCCCCUCUUCUGGGGCUACUUGGAAGGCAAGGAAGGGGGCAUCAGUCUUGAGGGCAGAGCCCCUGAGGAAGAGGAAGAGGAAGAGGAGGAUUACCCUGCAGAGUACAGUGAGGGUGAAGGCCAGGAGGAUAGCGAUGAGGAAGAUGAGGAGGAAGAACAGGAGCCUUGGUCCAGUGGGGCCACAGACAGCUGGGACCAGGGCUGGCUUGUCCCUGGGGACUGGGCCUUCAAGGAGUCGGACAGCUACGACUCAGAGACUCAAGAGGAGUGGAGCCCUUGGUCUCCCUGCAGUGGGAGCUGCAGCAGUGGCAGCCAGCGGAGGACUCGGCCCUGUGGCUACGCCUGCACUGCCACCGAGUCCCGUGCCUGCAACCUGCCCCCCUGUCCUGGCACCGAGGACGAGGAUACCUUAGACUUCCCCAGUGAGGGAUGGCAGCCCCUGGCCCACAAUGCUACGGACAUGCUUGGCCCAGAUGUGGACAGCUGUGAGAAGUGGCUGAACUGCAAGAGUGACUUCUUAGCCAAGUACCUGAGCCAGGUGCUGCGUGAUCUGCCCAGCUGCCCCUGUGCGUACCCGCUGGAGGCCGUGCACAGCGCUGUGAGCCUGCAGGAUGAGCACCAGGGCCGCAGCUUCCAGUGGAGGGAUGCCAGUGGCCCUCGAGAGCACCUUGAUGUUUACCAGCCCACUGCGCGCUUCUGCCUGCGCUCCCUGCUGUCUGUGGAGAGCAGCACGCUGGCUGCCCAGCACUGCUGCUAUGAUGAGGGCAGCCGGCUCCUGACUCGCGGCAAGGGCGCUGGGGCACCUAACCUCGUCAGCACCGACUUCUCCCCUGAGCUGCACUUCAAGGUGGACACACUGCCGUGGAUCCUGUGUAAGGGGGACUGGAGCCGCUACCAUGCCAUGCGGCCCCCCAACAAUGGCAGGGCCUGCGCAGACAACCCCCCAGAGGAGGAGUACCUGGCCCAGCUGCAGGAAGCCAAGGAGUACUGAUGAUGGCACCGCUGGGCCGAGACUGCUGCUGCAGCCUCUGCAGGCCCUCUAGCCCUGCCCCUGCCCAAAGCUGGUGAGAGCAAGGGUCGCCCCCAGAGGCUGCGGUGCUGCAGCCUGCCCUCUACCUGCCCAAGGGAGGUCAGGGUGCCAGAUGUAGAGGCAGGGUUGGGCAAAAGAUUGAAGGGGGUAUAGGGCUGUGGGUGAGGGAAGGGAGCCCAGACCCCCAGGCCUCUGAGCUGCACUGGGAAUGUGUGUGCACUCAUGUGUCCGCAGGGCCUUAACUCUCCUGCCUGCUGGGAGGUGCCAUCCAAGGCUGGUUAUGCAUUUUUGUCCCUCUUCCUAGGAGCUGGGCUCCUCUGCACUGGCUCACAUAGGAGCGAGCCAGGCAUCCCAGAUACAUCCUGAUUGCCAGGACCUGCCAUGAAUCACCCUGUUGGCCAGCUGAGGAAGGGCAGGGGGAUACUAGGCUAGGCCAGCUGCUCUCUGCUGAGCUGACGUCCCACCCCAUGGUCACCAAUCCCCAUCUCUGGGUGGUGCACAAGCCCCUCUUGCCCACACCCUACCAGGAGCCACUGCACAGGAGCCCAAAGCCACCCUUCCAGUGGGCUCUGUUUCAGUCUGGGGCUGAAGGCCACAUCACAGCUGAGGCAAGGCUGACUCCAGGCAGGGAGGGGGGUUGGCAGUUCUGGUCCUUUCCUUUGUUUAGGCCCUUCUGUUCUGCCCGUAUUAUAGGAAUGUGCAGGGCUGGGAACUGGGCUGACCUAUAGUGGGAAGGUGGCCAUUCGUCACAGCAGCCAGACUGGGUUAAGCUCACACUGCCUCAGGAUAUUGUCAUGUGUGUCUAUAGUGAUGGUCACCUAGCUCUUUGGAGGGAAAACAAGCACUGAUUUGUAGCACUUUGGUGUUUUCUGUGGUGUAACCACUCCAGCAAGGCCCAUUCAGGCUCCCAACAUCACCAAAUGCACUGAACUCAGAGUUGGAAGAGAUGUACAUAAUCCGUUCUCCCAGCACAGCUCCUGCCUCUUCCCUGCCUUCCCUGGUCCCCCAAGCCACACUUCCUUGCCUUCUGUGGGGUUGAAAUGUUGAAGUCCCAACUGUUCCUGUUCAUAAAAGCCAGUAAGAGGUAGAGGACUUCAGUUGUAUCCCCUCCACAGCUGCCCUUAAGGUCUCUGGGAUCCUCAGC